GCCAUUUCCGGUUUGAAUCUGACACGUAGCAACGGGAUUGUGCAGCCGGGAUAGCGGCGGGAGAACUGCUGCCAUGUCAAACUUUGAUAACUUCAAUCAAGACUUCUACCAGACGACCUAUAGUAUUGAUGAUCAUUCUCAGGCUUACAACUACAAUACACAAGGCGGAGCACAAUAUAACAAACAGUACCCUUAUGAUUAUGCCCAGCAAGGUGGCCUUAUUCCUCCAGAGAUGAUUCCCCAACAGCAGCCUUACACAGGCCAGAUCUUUCAACCCACACAAACGUACACUCCUACUUCAGCAGACUCUGUGUAUGGAAGCGGAUUUGAUGAUGAGCCACCUUUAUUAGAAGAGCUUGGAAUCAAUUUUGACCACAUUUGGCAGAAGACGUUAACCGUGCUACACCCUCUAAAAGCAGCAGAUGGCAGCAUCAUGAAUGAAACGGAUUUGACUGGACCGAUGGUUUUUUGUCUUGCAUUUGGUGCCACGUUGUUGCUGGCUGGUAAGAUUCAGUUUGGCUAUGUUUAUGGGAUCAGUGCAAUCGGCUGUGUAGGGAUAUUCUGCCUUCUUAAUUUGAUGAGUAUGACCGGAGUUUCGUUUGGCUGUGUUUCCAGUGUUCUGGGAUACAGUCUCCUCCCAAUGAUUAUCCUGUCUGGAUUUGCUGUGGUUUUUUCUUUGCAAGGAAUUGUUGGUGUCCUCCUGACAGCUCUAAUAAUAGGCUGGUGCAGCUUCUCUGCCUCAAAGAUCUUCAUCUCUGCUUUGGCCAUGGAAGGACAACAGCUCCUUGUCGCCUAUCCCUGUGCUUUACUAUAUGGGGUAUUUGCCUUGAUUUCUGUCUUUUGAACUGUACAUUAAAGUUGGACUACAGUGGGCCAAACACACAUUGAAGAUGGAUCUAAACAGUUUUGGAUCACUAAGCUGUCGUCAUCAUGCACAUCUUGGGGAACAAGUGACAUACAUCUUAUGUUCAUGUUUUGUAUAGGACUUUUAAAUACUGAAUUUGCUCAGAAUAUCCUUGAAAAGUACUCAGAUUUUAUGGCCUUUACUGGCUGACCCAACAAGCAUGCUGGGAGUUGUUGUUUAUGGAACCAAAAUUUGAUAGUAAUAAAAAAGAAAAUUCUGAGUUCAAAA